GUGGGUGCAGUUCGUGUAUAAGUGAACUUCCCAGUUAGGAAGAACAAGUUGAAGUUUAAGUUGUUAGCAAUAUCUAGUCGACAAAGUAUGUGUGGAGGUUGUGUACAGAAGGAAUACCCUGACAGGGGUAGCACAUGUUUAGAAAAUGGGUCCUAUUUGUUGAAUUAUGUGGGCUGUGCAAAAUGCAACCAGCGGGACUUUGUGAUGAUCGACAACAGAGUCACAGAAGAUGACGAUGGAGAAGAAAUUGUCACCUAUGACCAUGUGUGUAAAAAUUGUCAUCACAUCAUCGCGAGGCAUGAAUACACCUUUUCUGUUGUGGAUGAGUACCAAGAAUACACCAUGCUCUGUAUGCUGUGUGGAAAAGCAGAGGAUUCUAUCAGCGUUCUACCCGACGACCCCCGGCAGACAGCCCCUCUCUUCUAGAACAUCACACAGCGGGAGAACUAGCGGCACAUCAUACAGCAUAUAUACAUAGCAUUCAUCCUGCCUGUGCUGUACGUGUGUCCUGCUGCAUGUCUACAGACAGGUGCCAAUAGAGGGCUUCAGUGCACCGGAGUUUUAUAAUAUUUAUCUCUGAACGUUGCAUUAUUAGUGAAUUUCCAGGGGAGGUAAUAAAGGCAAUCUAUUAUAUAUAUUUUUUUUUGUUUACUGUAUUAUUUUGCCUGAAGUGGAAUAUAGAAGUACAGUUGGCUGUAUUAUGAUGAUUAUUGCACUGUUACAGUAGCAGUCAGUGGGUUUACAUUUGGCAGUCUAGCAAUACUUUGUUUGUUUGCAGAAUUAGUAAAGUGAAAUGUAGGGAGCAAGUCCUGUUUGCAAUAUUGCAGAAAGAGUUAAAUCUUAUUACUAUUUAUUAUGAAAAUACUGUAAUCACUGUAAAGUCCACUUUUUCAAAUGUAUCACUGAAGGUCUAGUAAAACAUGCUGGUCUCCUUUUUCCAGUUAAAAAAAUGUGUUUUUUUUUAGUUUGGGAAUUAAAAUUUACAUUAAAUGUUUGGUAGUGUAAUAAUUGAAAGCUAAAAGCUAAAUCAGAAAGAAUACUGUUUAUUAACUCAUAUUUAGCAUUGUGUGUACAUUGAGAGUGGUGGGACUUUUCUGAUUUACAAGAAAAUGUCUUUUUAUUUUCUUAUCGUAAUGUAUUUUGAAAUACUCUUUAAAUACAACCUAGGAGCACCACUGAGAUUUACUUAACUUUUGAAGUGUUGGUGUUGCAUUAUUACCAGUGUGGUUGAGGAGAAAGGGUGUUGCUUUUUUGUUUAUAAAUGGAAAUUUGGUAAAUGGGGAAAAUGUAAGCUUUCAUUAUGUAUUAUAAGAUUAUUAAAUGAUGAUGCAUAACAUAUAUAACAAUAUAUAAUAUACAACCUUAUGAAUAUUAGGUUAUUCCUUGUACUGUGAGUUCAAUUUAAGUAUAAUAAAUGAAAAACUAAGAUGGUUUUUGCUGUGAGAAAUGUUGAGAAAACUUCUACUUUAGAAUAUUUGACUUCUGAUAUAAAGACAAAGAAGAUAACAAGUAUUUCUAGCCUGGGAGCAUCAUUGUUUCUGCUUUCCUUUUUAAAGUAAAUAUUUGUCUUGAUGUGUUCUUGGUGCCUGAAUUAUUAAUUGUACAUUUGGGCUGAUUGUCAAGGUUAAUUCAUAAGUAAAUUGGAUUUAAGUUAAAGCUCACUAGGACCAAUAUACUUAAUUAAACAAAUAUUAUUCAUGUA